CGGCGCUUCCUGCCCGGUGCGGCGCGUGUGGCCGAGCGGCCUCCCCGCUCUCCCGGCUCUCCCGGCUCUCCCGCCCCGCCGGCACCAUGGUGAAGCCGCGCUACAAGGGCCGCAGCACCAUCAACCCCUCCCGCGCCAGCACCAACCCCGACCGUGUCGGGGGCGCGGGAGGAAACAACAUGCGGGACCGAGCCACCAUCCGGCGCCUCAACAUGUACCGGCAGAAGGAGCGGAGGAACAAGCAUGGUAAAGUGAUCAAGCCUCUGCAGUACCAGUCAACAGUGGCACCAGGCACGGUUGCAAGAGUGGAACCAAAUAUUAAAUGGUUUGGCAAUACCCGAGUGAUCAAGCAGUCCUCCCUGCAGAAGUUCCAGGAGGAGAUGGAAACUGUCAUGAAGGACCCGUACCGGGUGGUGAUGAAGCAGAGGAAGCUGCCCAUGUCCCUGUUCCACGACCGGAUCAAACCACACACCUCCAGAGUUCACAUUCUGGACACAGAGACGUUUGAGGCGACGUUUGGGCCGCGCGCGCAGCGGAAGAGGCCGGCGCUGGGCAGUGCUGACCUGCAGGCCCUGCUGGAGGGAGCCCAGGCCUCCGCCGGCGCCUACGACCGCGACCGCGACCGGGACCUGGUGGCCGAGGACACCGGGGUCAGGGAUGAAGCACAAGAGGAUAUCUAUAAGAAAGGACAGUCCAAAAGAAUCUGGGGUGAGCUCUACAAGGUGAUAGACUCAUCAGAUGUUGUUGUUCAAGUUCUUGAUGCCAGGGAUCCCAUGGGAACUCGCUCCCCGCAUGUGGAAUCUUACCUGAAAAAGGAGAAGCACUGGAAACAUCUCAUUUUUGUCCUGAACAAAUGUGAUCUUGUUCCUACCUGGGCUACUAAGCGCUGGGUCGCUGUCCUCUCCCAGGAGUAUCCAACACUUGCUUUUCACGCCAGCCUCACAAACCCUUUUGGCAAAGGUGCCUUCAUACAGCUCUUAAGGCAGUUUGGAAAGUUACAUUCUGACAAGAAGCAGAUCAGUGUGGGUUUCAUUGGUUAUCCCAAUGUUGGUAAAAGCUCAAUCAUCAAUACCCUGAGGUCUAAGAAGGUCUGCAAUGUGGCACCUAUUGCAGGUGAAACAAAGGUCUGGCAGUACAUCACCUUGAUGCGGAGGAUCUUUCUCAUCGACUGCCCAGGUGUGGUUUAUCCAUCUGGAGAUACAGAGACAGACAUUGUGCUGAAGGGAGUGGUUCAAGUUGAAAAGAUUAAGAGCCCUGAAGAUCAUAUCAGUGCUGUGCUGGAAAGAGCCAAACCAGAGUACAUCAGAAAGACAUACAAAAUUGAUUCCUGGAAGGAUACAGAAGAAUUCCUUGAGAAACUUGCUGCUAGGACUGGAAAGCUGCUAAAGGGUGGUGAACCUGACACACAAACAGUGAGCAAGAUGGUUCUGAAUGACUGGCAGAGAGGCAGAAUUCCCUUCUUUGUGAAGCCACCCAAUGCAGAGCCAGGUCCUCAGCCUCCUGUGCUGGAAGUACCUGUGACAUCAAGCCAAGAUAAUGAUGAGGAGAAGAUCUCUGAGCCCGUGGCAGCAGGUGUGGAACCAGCAGAAGAGAAUAACCCAAGCACUGAAAUGAAGCAGCUCAUGUCCCAUGUUCGGCAGAACUUUGGGAGGAUUAAUGUGGCACCUGAGUUCUCAGAAGAAGACCUGGUUCCUGUAGACGUGCCAGGCUUUGAUGAAACAGACAGUGACUCUUCUGGAGAGGAGGAGCAGGAAGAGGAGAAAGAGGAAAAUGGGCAACAUCAAGAUUCAGUGGAGGAGGAACCACAGGUGGCUGCACCAGUUGCCAAGGAGAGCUCAAAGGCAGCUCUUCAGGCUUUGGAGGAGAAGAUUGCAAAAUACAAGAAAUUCCUGGAUAAAGCCAAAGCCAAGAGAUUCUCAGCAAUAAGAAUCCCUAAGCAGCUGAGUGAGAAAGUGUUUGCAAAAUCCAUGCAGAAAUCUGAAGAACCCAAAGAAACUGAAGAUGGAGGCAGCACAGGGAAGAAAAGAAAAAGGAAAGCAGGAGAGGAAGAUGAUGAUGAACAACCUUGCAAGAAACUUACAUCUAAAGAAAGCUUUGAGACUGGGCACUAGCAGGAGGAACAGAGUGCAGGGACUGUUCCUGAGGCAGGAGGAGUGUGAAGGCAGCAUGGGCUGCUGCUGCUGAGAGCUGGGCCAGCAGCACCUCCAGCUGGACACGGACCAGGGGAGCAAAUGCUCAGGAAGAGUCUUUGGGGGUGUCUGUCCUGCUCUCAGCACUCAGCUGACCCUGCUGCUGUCAAGAGAGCAGGGUCUGAAUGCUGGGAGAUGGGAAAAUUUGGAAUGGAAUGGGUACUACUGUUGUGUCUUCAAAGAGAGCUGCUGGUCAAGUCUGAACUGCUGCUUGAAUCACUGGAUGCCAAGUGAACGGUGUCUGGGGCUUGGGAAGUGGUUCAUGAGCAGCCUUGUCCAGCCAGGCCUUCUGAAGCACUGCUGGGCCUGUCCGAGGGGAGCAGAAAACUGAAUCCUAUACAGGAAUAUUCUGUGACACUUCUGCUAAGACCUCUUGUGUGACCAUACACACUGGGUUGCUCCUCAUGCUUUGUUUACUACUUUGCUGAAGAUUGAAGCAAAUCUUCCUUUUUAACAUCGUAAGAGCACAAGGGGGUGGACUCCAUAUAAUGCCCGUAUAUUCACAUCAGUAUGUUGUGUUUGAAGUAGUUUAUUCUACUAGAGGCACAUGGAAUGCAAAGUGAACAGCAUUUGAAGGAAUGCAAACAAAGCCAGGCUGUGGGUGCUUGGGUUUGCUGAUGUGCUCUGUGUGUGU